AUGAGAAUCUUCACUCCACUCAGUCUGUUUGCUCUUGCAGCGGCAUCGGCCACCAAGAGCCGACAUAGACAGAGAGAAGUAGCACCGGUCUUCAACAUCAAUGGGAAGGGCCAAUACUUCGCUGGCACCAACACCUGGUGGAUGAGCCACCUCACUUCAGAUGACGAUGUGGAACAAGCCAUGUCUCAGAUAGCUGACAGUGGACUAAAGGUCACUCGCGUCUGGGCAUUUGGCAACACCAACACAGGAACUGACCAGCCUGUUUACUUUCAGUUCCUCGACACGACCAAGAACACCAUCACGAUCAAUUAUGGGACGAAUGGCAUCGCGCGCCUUGACGCCGCUGUUGCUGCCGCGGAGAAGCACGGCAUUCAGCUGGUUCUACCUAUGCUGAACAACUGGGAUGACCUGGGCGGGAUCAACACUUACUGUGCCUACUUUGGGUGCACUCACGAGAGCUUCUGGACCCAUGCAGAAGCUCAGAAAGCCUACAAGGACUAUGUGACCUUCAUCGUCAAUCGUUACAAAGACUCUCCUGCAAUCUUCUCCUGGCAGCUCUGCAAUGAGCCACGGUGCCAGAACUGCGAGACCAGUGUACUCACUAGCUGGGCCACAGAUCUAUCAAGCUUCAUCAAAUCUCUAGACUCAAAACAUCGUGUGUCCUUGGGCGACGAAGGCUGGCUCUGUUCUGACGACACCAGUCUCGGCUACGCCUACUCCUGCUCUGAGGGAAUAGAUUUUGAAGCCAAUUUGAAGGUCUCCAAUCUUGACUAUGGUACUGUCCAUAUGUACCCAAUUGGCUGGGGUUAUACGUAUCCCUGGGGCAACCAAUGGAUCCGUGAUCACGCAGCACUGGCGCUCAAGUACGGUAAACCUAUCGUUAUGGAGGAAUAUGGCGUCGAGAGCACAGCCUCAAAUCGCACAGCUGUUCUGCAGCAGUGGCAACAAACGAUCAUUGACAGUGAUAUUGCAUACGAUAGUUUUUGGCAAUUCGGGACAAACCUUCCAAGUGGCGCAAACCCUUACGAUGACUAUGCAGUAUUCUAUGGCACGCAGGAGUACCAAGAUGUGGUAAUUGAUCAUGCCCAGGCCAUAAGCGCAAAGAGUGUGUCAGCUGCUGCCCGCCGCCAAACCUCGCCUGGCCUCUUCAACUAA